GCGGGUGCUGAAUCCCAGCGUGGGGGUGACCAGGAAGUGGGGAAGACUGGGAAGAACGAGUCGAGCCCAGGAGGUGGUGUAGAGGUGACGGGGCUGAAGGAAACACCUGACGAUGUGGAAUCCCAAUGCCGGGCAGCCAGGGCCAAAUCCGUAUCCCCCUAACAUUGGAUACCCUGGAGGUUCCAAUCCUGUCCAUCCGCCACCUGUCAAUCCUGCCUGUCCACCAGGCCCCUUUCCCACUCCCCCAGGAGCUCCCCAGGGGAAUCCAGCUUUCCCCCCAAUUGGGCCUCCUCAUCUGCCACAACCAGGGUAUCCAGGAUGCCAACCACCAGGUCCCUACCCUCCUCCAUACCCACCACCUGCCCCUAGCAUGCCUCCUGUGAAUCCCUUGGCUCCUGGCAUGGUAGCACCAGGAAUGGUGAUGGACAAGAAGAUGCGGAAGAAAAUGAAGAAAGCUCAUAAAAAGAUGCAUAAACAUCACAAGCAUGGCAAGCAUUCUUCCUCCUCUUCCUCUUCCAGCAGUGACUCUGACUGAAUACAGGGCCUGGACCCUUCCCUCAAGUCUCUCCAGUUCUACUCUCCCAUCAAGCUUCAGAUGCCAUCUUGCACUGGGGGAAAUUAACCCUUGUGUCCUUCUACCCUGCCCUCCCCUAAUCUGAGCCUCACUCUGCUGUUCAGCAUAGGGAAAAUGGGAAAAGGUUGUCAUGGGUUAGUAAAGGCUAUCUCCUCACUGCUCGGUUAGAACUUUUAGCUGAUAAGUUUUGCAAGAGAAAUGUUUUUUGAAAAUAGUGAGACCUUUGAGCUAAACGCUGAAGACAAGUCUAAGAUCUAUAGAACGAUAUUUUGUACUUUCUUUUGUAAUACUUGUGGUUGGGGAGGUGUGGUGAAAAAUUAAUUAUGGGAAGAAAGCAAACAUCGAUCUGUACCUCUCUUGGUAAUUAUUGCACACUUGGGUGAUUUAGUGCCAGGUCCAUUUCCCAGCAGACCUUUAAUGAUUGCACUAACUCCAAGGCUGCUGGGAAGUGGAGUCCAUUUGUUGAUGAGUUUUGACUGCCAUUUUUGGAACUUAAUCUCUACUCCUUAGCUCAGUAUGCUAACUCAAGUCCUCCCUUCAUUCUCUAACUCUCAGUCCAAAUAAAGCUAUUUCUCCUGGU